CGGAGACAUUACUGAACCAUCCAUCCUCUGCUCACAGCUCAGAGCUAUCUGCAUCAUCUGCUACAGAAGUAGCAAUCAAAAUGGAUAGCCCAAUCUGCCUCAUUGAGAACAAGGUGGAAGAUGGAAGAGCACAGCUUGUGGUGAACCCUGAGGCCAUCAACAUCCUCUCCAAGAUCCACCAACCAGUGGUGGUGGUGUCCAUUGUUGGAUUGUAUCGGACAGGGAAAGUCCUACUUGAUGAACAGGUUGGCUGGAGCGCAGAAAGGCUUCAGUCUGGGUUCUACCAUUCAGUCUGAGACCAAAGGUAUCUGGAUGUGGUGUGUCCCUCACCCCAUUUUUAAGGAUUUUGUUCUGGUUCUCUUGGAUACAGAAGGUCUAGGGGAUGUAGAGAAGGGGGAUAGAAAAUAUGACAGCAAGAUCUUUACCCACACAGUCCUGCUAAGCAGCGCCUUGGUGUAUAACAGCAUGGGCACCAUCAACCAGGAUGCCCUGGACAAAUUAAAGUAUCCUUUUAUAACAGGGGAACUCACUGAAUUAAUCAAGGUGAGAACUGGUGACAUUCAGGACCAAGAAGGAAACUUUUCCACAUACUUCCCCAUCUUUAUCUGGGCAGUCAGAGAUUUCAGUCUGGAACUGAAGAUUGAUGGGAAAAUGGUCUCAGCAGAUGGUUACCUGGAGAAUGCAUUAAGGCUUAAAACACAGAAGUCAUCAGAAGAUAAGGAAUAUAAUGAGCUUAGGAAUCGCCUCCGAAUGUAUUUUGGGAAACGGAAAUGCUUUGUGUUUGAUGCUCCAACCGAUUCCAGAAAACAACUCAAGGAACUAGAACAGCUAACUGAUGAUAGACUCAAUGAGGAUUUUGUGUCUCAGAGCACCCUUUUCUGUGACUACAUUUUCAAGAAUGCCAAGGCUAAGACAGUAGACAUCACAGUCAAUGUCACUGGACACCGAUUGGGGGAGCUGGCUAAGCUUUACACUGAAGCAUUAAACUCCUCAAAUGUUGUCUGCUUGGAGGAGGUGGUGGUUUCCCUGGCUGAAAAGGAGAACAGAAUUGUCAUUCAAGAAGCAACAAAGUACUAUGAGGACAGGAUGAAGACCAUGGUGUUGCCCACGGAUACACUCAAUCAAUUCCUGGAUGUGAGCAGUCAGUAUGAAGAUGAAGCUCGAAAGAUAUUCCUGAAAAGAUCGAUCAAGGACAAAGAUCAGAAAUUCCUUCUAGAAUUUAUGGUGAGUUUUGGUGUUGUGUAUAAGUCUGCCAGGUCUUUUCUAUAA